GCCCGGUCCGGAGCGGAGGGGAGCGGCUCAGGUGCCGGCUCGGGGGAGGCCCGGGCACCUCGGGGAUCCAGAGCCCGCUGGCGCCGCGCCCGGGAGGGCACCACCGGCGAGGACGAAGCCGCGCCUCCUCCCGGAACUGGCCGGCGCCGCGAGGCGGGAGGAGCAGCGGGAGCCGGGCAGCCGCGCGCCGGGGACCAUGGACGUCCUUCCCACCGGCGGGGGCCGCCCGGGGCUCCGGACGGAGCUGGAAUUCCGCGGCGGCGGUGGCGAGGCGAGGCUGGAGAGUCAGGAGGAAGAAACGAUUCCUGCAGCUCCCCCAGCCCCGCGCCUCCGGGGAGCGGUGGAGCGGCCGCGGCGCUCCCGGGACUCGUGGGACGGCGAUGAGGACACGGAGCCCGGCGAGGCGUGCGGCGGCCGCACAAGCCGCACGGCGUCCCUGGUGAGCGGGCUGCUCAACGAGCUGUACAGCUGCACAGAGGAGGAGGAGGCGGCGGGCGGGGGCCGCGGGGCCGAGGGCCGCCGGCGGCGCCGCGACAGCCUCGACAGCUCCACCGAGGCCUCGGGCUCCGACGUGGUCCUGGGCGGCCGCAGCGGUGCCGGCGACUCCCGCGUGCUGCAGGAGCUGCAGGAGCGACCGAGCCAGCGGCAUCAGAUGCUGUACCUGCGGCAGAAAGACGCUAAUGAACUGAAGACGAUCCUUCGAGAGCUAAAGUACAGAAUUGGCAUCCAGUCGGCCAAGUUACUUCGGCAUCUGAAGCAGAAAGAUAGGCUUCUGCAUAAAGUGCAGAGGAACUGUGAUAUUGUGACUGCCUGCUUGCAGGCUGUGUCACAGAAGAGAAGAGUUGAUACCAAGUUGAAAUUCACUCUUGAGCCAUCUUUAGGUCAAAAUGGUUUUCAGCAGUGGUACGAUGCUCUCAAGGCAGUUGCCAGGCUAUCCACAGGAAUACCAAAGGAAUGGAGGAGAAAGGUUUGGUUGACCUUGGCAGAUCAUUAUUUGCACAGUAUAGCCAUUGACUGGGACAAAACCAUGCGCUUCACUUUCAAUGAAAGGAGUAAUCCUGAUGAUGACUCCAUGGGAAUUCAGAUAGUCAAGGACCUUCACCGCACAGGCUGUAGUUCUUACUGUGGCCAGGAGGCUGAGCAGGACAGGGUUGUGUUGAAGCGGGUGCUGCUGGCUUAUGCCCGAUGGAACAAAACUGUUGGGUACUGCCAAGGCUUUAACAUCCUGGCUGCACUAAUUCUGGAAGUGAUGGAAGGCAAUGAAGGGGAUGCCCUGAAAAUUAUGAUUUACCUUAUUGAUAAGGUACUUCCCGAAAGCUAUUUUGUCAAUAAUCUCCGGGCAUUGUCUGUGGAUAUGGCUGUCUUCAGAGACCUUUUAAGAAUGAAGCUGCCAGAAUUAUCUCAGCACCUGGAUACUCUUCAGAGAACUGCAAACAAAGAAAGUGGAGGUGGAUAUGAGCCCCCACUUACAAAUGUCUUCACGAUGCAGUGGUUUCUGACUCUCUUUGCCACAUGCCUCCCUAAUCAGACCGUUUUAAAGAUCUGGGAUUCAGUCUUCUUUGAAGGUUCAGAAAUCAUCCUAAGGGUGUCGCUGGCUAUCUGGGCAAAAUUAGGAGAGCAGAUAGAAUGUUGUGAAACAGCAGAUGAAUUCUACAGCACCAUGGGGCGCCUUACCCAGGAGAUGCUAGAGAAUGAUCUUCUGCAAAGCCAUGAACUCAUGCAGACUGUUUAUUCCAUGGCUCCGUUUCCUUUCCCACAAUUGGCAGAGUUGAGGGAAAAAUACACCUACAACAUUACACCGUUCCCAGCCACAGUUAAACCCACCUCAGUUUCUGGACGACAUAGUAAGGCCAGAGACAGUGAUGAAGAGAAUGACCCAGACGAUGAGGAUGCUGUCGUUAAUGCAGUGGGGUGUCUUGGACCUUUUAGUGGGUUCCUGGCUCCUGAACUGCAGAAGUACCAAAAACAAAUUAAAGAGCCAAAUGAGGAGCAGAGUCUGAGAUCUAAUAACAUUGCAGAGCUGAGUCCAGGAGCAAUCAAUUCCUGUCGAAGUGAAUACCAUGCAGCUUUUAACAGUAUGAUGAUGGAACGCAUGACCACAGAUAUCAAUGCACUGAAGCGGCAGUACUCUCGAAUUAAAAAGAAGCAACAGCAGCAGGUUCAUCAGGUGUACAUCAGGGCAGACAAAGGGCCAGUGACCAGCAUUCUCCCGUCUCAGGUAAACAGUUCUCCAGUUAUAAACCACCUUCUUUUAGGAAAGAAGAUGAAAAUGACUAACAGAGCUGCCAAGAAUGCUGUCAUCCACAUCCCUGGUCACACAGGAGGGAAAAUAUCUCCUGUCCCCUACGAAGACCUUAAGACGAAGCUCAACUCCCCGUGGCGAACUCACAUCCGAGUCCACAAAAAGAACAUGCCAAGGACCAAGAGUCAUCCGGGCUGUGGGGACACCAUAGGGCUGAUAGAUGAGCAGAACGAGGCCAGCAAGACCAAUGGGCUGGGGGCAGCAGAGGCGUUCCCCUCUGGUUGUACAGCGACAGCUGGGAGAGAAGGCAGCAGCCCUGAAGGCAGUACCAGGAGGACGAUCGAGGGGCAGUCUCCGGAGCCGGUGUUCGGAGAUGCUGAUGUGGAUGUGUCUGCAGUUCAGGUGAAGUUGGGAGCCCUGGAACUGAACCAGAGGGAUGCUGCAGCUGAAACUGAGCUCAGGGUGCACCCACCCUGCCAGCGGCACUGCCCAGAGCCGCCAAGCGCACCCGAAGAAAACAAAGCCACCAGCAAAGCUCCCCAAGGCAGCAACUCAAAAACCCCCAUCUUUAGCCCUUUUCCCAGCGUCAAGCCCCUGCGGAAAUCUGCUACUGCCAGGAACUUGGGAUUAUAUGGCCCUACAGAAAGAACCCCAACCGUGCACUUUCCUCAAAUGAGUAGGAGCUUCAGCAAACCCGGCGGUGGAAACAGUGGCACUAAAAAACGGUGAUGUCUCCCCGAAACUUUGUAUCUGGACUCACCUUUUCACAGUAGUAUAAGGGUUGCAGCUGAAUGGCUCUAAAAGAGUUUUAUUUGUCCAGUGAAAAUGAAUAGGUUCAGGGAUGAGCAACAGCCCAUAAAAAAUGGGAACUGGAAGUUUUAUAAUAGGAGUUAGAACAGGGCUGUUUUCCCAGCUACUUGCUAACUGACGAAGUGGAUUCUUGUGGCAAAAUAAAUAUUGUGGUUUUAUAGUGUGAAGUUUUCCCAAUUUUUCAUUGUGAGCUGUUUAAAAAGACUAUAUCUAGAUUGUUAACUCUCGUCCAUCCUUCUGUUCUGGGGGCCUUCAGAGUCCCUGUGACAGCACCCCCAAACCUUCCAGUUCUCUGGGUGUUACUAAUACUCAAGCAUGCACAUACCAGCUUGCUAGGACAGAAACUGUAAAAAGAAAGUAAGUUUCUUCGUUACAAAAAACUUCCUGAUUUUCCUUUUCAUGCUUUACGGAGGGGAUUGUGUCAUGUGAGAUUUCCCACAGUACCAGUUUCAAAUUUUUUUUUUUAUUCUUAUGCUAAAUCAUAGGAGAAAAAUCUAGAUAGCCUUUCUUUAACUGUCUAUUUCUACCUGCAAAAUGAAGAAAACCUUUCAUCUGUUGAAAUUUCGGUCGAUAACCCAGCUGAAGAUCUUAUGCACAGGACACACUUGGCAUAUGCUUUACGCAGUUGCUCCGGACAGCUUGCUCGCGCCACUGAGCUUUUCCUGAGGUUUGUGUUCGCCUCUCAAGGAGAGCUUUGAUCCUCAGUGGUACGGAUGACUUGAUGGGCUCCAUGCGGAGCCUGGCCUGCAUCCCCCACCACACAGCUCACUCACCCACCAGCUCUAAACUGCAGACGCACAAGGCCUCUGCUCAGAAGCCAGAACACAGCACCUGUGACUCUGUUACUUGAAUUUUGUGCUUUUUGAUUGGAGUCCUUUGUUGAGUACUUUGUUAAUUGAACACUGCCUUUCUCUGGAGAAGGCCCCAGUGCUUUCUAGCUCCCUCUCACUCCUGCCCUUUCUAGCUCUCUCUCACCCAGCGGGUCAGGGAUAGCACCUCUUGUCUCCACUAUGCAGAUGGGAACUCUGAGCCACACAGAGGUGAAGUAGCACUUCAGUUACUCAAGGUCAGUACUCCCGGUAUUCCAAGUGACUUAGCCACAUUUCCUUCAGUGCAAUAGGUGGGUUUAAUGCUCUUUGUACACAGAUGUAUUGGCUACAUAGCGUGUAAAAACCAAGACUGGGAAGCCAUUCACUAAAAUCCCUCCUGACUCAAAGGACCUGUCUCCAGAUGGUACAGAGUCCCUUGAUGGCAUUUUACAAAACCAGCUCUGACUUCCUUAUCCUGAACAGGGAGUUUAUUUUAAAAAUGCUUCAUGCACCUGUUAUUUGGCUGAACAGAAGGCUCACUCCUCAAUCCCCUUCUCCUCGCCAUCAUUAGAGGAAUAGACUCAGCCUUCAUGUUUGUCUCUGGAAGACGAUUGGCGAUACUUGCAGGAAUAUUGUUGAUGCAGCCAAUAUUAAUUUGAGCUAAUGGAUUGUUAAUUCUGAAACGAAAACUGUAACUGUAGAGCAGGCUUUUACUAUGAGAGGUACUAGUUUUUAUAAUAGAGAAUGUGGUUGUGUGGGCUUUUUUUGAACAGAAAACACAACAAUGACCUAUACCGUGAGAAAAGCCAUUUUAUCUUCUUCAUGGUAUUUUUACCCCCAAAGGAACUGAAGAUGGAAAAUAUGACUAAUAAGUUAUUGCAGUUUUGGUCUUGAAUUCUGUGCCAUCUGAAGUUAGCAUCCAGCUUCUUAAAAAGCAGCCACGCCUACAGCCUGUUUUUUGGGAAGGGUGUAGGUGGAGAGAUGGGCUUAUUUUGCAUACCACCCUCAGGGCCCAGAGACCCACUGCAUUUUCCAAAGUUAAGCAAAUGACACCAUUUUCUUCCAUCAGCUAAACUUUACAGAUAAUAGUGAUUCCACCUCAUAUCCUUUUCUUUGCCCCUUCUCAAAUGAGUCAGAAUAGUCAUGUUCCCCUUGAGGGAUGUCUGACUUGAAUGGAGAAUUGUUCUUUCCUCUCUUGAAUCAGCUCACUAGCUCCCUGAUGGUCUGGGUUCAAGGAAAUGGUUAAUGAGGUAGAGGCCACUUAUACAAGUCCUUGGGAUUGUACCAUUGCUGUCCACAAACUUAGUAUCAGCAACACAUGCUGUGCCCUGUGAACACUCUCCUCUCACCUGUUUCCAGGGUUGGUCUUCCUGAGAAGGGGAUGGAUGAGGUAACACACAGUUUGGGAUACGUAUCUGUUGAAUGAAUGAAUAAGUGAAAGGAUAAUAGUCCUCUGAGGUAAAAAUGGCCUUGUCAGAAUUUUGAAAAUCCAACAGAUUCCUAUUAAAGCACUCUGUGUACCAAUAACAUGCAUGCAUUGUACCAAGUAAUCACAAUGUGAAUUGGUCAAUUUAUGAGCCUUGCCUACUUUAGAAAAUAAAGAAACCUGCAGUAGCCUCUACCACACAGCAUGUACAAAGACCAGUAUGGACUUGCUAUCUUCCCUAUGUAUUGGACACUGUAUGCAAACACCAGAAGUACUUAACAAGUAGUGGUUUCUUGAUUUUUAGAUAUGUCUGUAGCCUCUUAGCCCUUUUGCCGGGAAUCAACUCAUUCUGAUGCCUCUGCACCUCAGUUCCUCUUACAAAAGCCUCCAGAUGAUCUAAAUCUAGUUAGCAAUGUCAGCCUGUGGACUGCAGCUGUUUGGGACAUUGUAUUCCUUUGUUUGUCUCUUGUUCUGAAGGAUUGUAUUGAUCACAAAGCUAUAUGCAUAAAGAUUCUCAUUGUUGUAA